GCAGAAGACGAGAUGCUGAGGAUGUACCAUGCUAUUAAAGAGGCGCUCAGCAUCAUUGGUGACAUCAGCACCAGCACCAUCUCCACACCUGUGCCUCCACCCGUCAAUGACAGCUGGAUACCUGAGACCAGUCCCACCCCUCAGCGCAGACCGCCUACAUCUGCACCGCCCCCCAACAGGCCUCCAGCAGUGAGAGGUCCAACCCCAGGCCCUCCUCCUCUUAACCCCACCCCCUCGUUUGCAGCCCCACCCAUACCCUCUCGGCCAGGCCAGCCCAUGAAUGCCUUUGGCAACAGCAGCCAGGAUCCUUUCAGCGCACCUCCACAGAUCCCCUCUCGCCCCGCACGCAUUCCACCAGGCGUCCCCAGCAGAAGACCCCCUGGCGCACCCAACCGGCCCACCAUUAUCCGCCCCGCCGAGCCUUCCCUGCUAGACUAGACCUGAGCACUGGCUACCAUAGUGUGCUGGGCUGACAGAAACACAAACAGAGAGAGAGAGGAAUGGCUGGAGAACUGCACUGAAACAUGUGCACGUGUGUCCACACAACACAGCCUGACCCAUAGACAUCCAAAAUAAGUGUCCUCUGACCAGCGCUGCUAAUCACAUCCUAAAUCCCAGAGCUCGAAAUUAAGCACAUAAAUAUUCAAAUACAUUUAAUAUUAUUAUUAUUGUUGCUGUUGUUUUUUUUUUUUCAACUAUAGUGUGAACUAAAGGGUGUAGUGGCCUUCAUCUUUCAGUUAUUUUCAUCGCUCACGUUAAUCAGGUGACCACCAGGGGGUGUCCUACUCAACUCGCGUAGACGAACCAACGGUAGACUUGACUAGUGGGUUAAGAUGUAAACAAGCACUGUGCAAGCUAGUUCAACUAGCCUGUCUUCCUGUUCUUGGGUGGUUGAAGACUCUUUCUUGUUAAAGACACACUUCUUCAUAUGUGGGUUUUGGUUUUCAUCCUUUAUUUUUUCCUGACUCUCUAACUCGAUAUGCUGAAGAAAAACAAACUGUUAUAUGUUAUGUUGGGAUUGAUUUGAUCUGAUUUCCAUGUUUCCCAUUUGGCGGUUACUAUUAUUAUUACGUUUAUUGAGAUUUUUGGUUUGUUUAAACCAAUCAGAUGUAUACAAAAACAUUCAGUUGCUUCUAAAAUGUGCUAUAUUUAGUGUUGGCAACUGAUAUCCACUUUCUGUUGUGCUGGGAACUUCAAAAGCACUUCUAUAGUUUGUCGUCGAUGGGAAUUUCUUUGAUAGCUAUUCGGAGGAGGCGCAACUUGUAUGCAAAUGACCUGUUUAUACAAAUAAUAGUUUGUGUAUAUGAUAUAAUCCUGGAAAGCACGGAAACCGCUACUGCCGGCGCUUUGUAAAAUAGAGUCUCAGGUAACAUCCGACUCCAAAUCUGGUAACAGUUUACGCUUUAGCUUCGCAUUCUGAUCAUUGUAACUUAAAUUAAUCUGCGGGCUUUUAUUUCGCAAUCAGGGAUGUUGAAGUGGUCUUUUUUUUUUUUUUUUGAGCGGGAAAAAACAUCAGGGCGCCACAGGAAGUGGGAAUGCGUUUGUACAUGGUUCAUGCAGGUGAAUUAGUGGUCGUGGGGGCAUUUGCUAUGUUUAUGGAUCUAGUCCGUUCUCGGCUAUAUAAACACGGGGAACUUUCUGAACUUUUAACAUAGAGAUCAUAGAUGUACUAACAGAGUGUAUUAUUUAUAACCUGGGCAUUUGUCUUUGUUUGCAUUUUUCACAAACUCUUUGCUUCGAGAAAAGAUGACAGAUUUGUGGCCCUAACAAUGUUUGAACAACAUUCCGAGUGAAAUCCUGGUUUUGAUUGCAGAAUCGUUGACGUUUUAUUGAGGGAAAUGGACCGUGACUAAUUUAGUUUUCUUAUUUGAGGAUACCAAUGAGGUUUUGAUGAAUACAUGUGAGAAACUUUGAUUUUAGCCUGAUGCAUUUUUUGUAAAUAAUCAAAGACUUGGAGUCGGACGUGGAAUAAAAUGUUCAAAUUAGCUGCGGAUAUCUGAAUGCUUUUAAAUCACUCCUUUGUUAUGGCUCCAGUGAUGGCGACUGCUGCUUUUUCUUCACAAUCCAGUCCAGUCAAAGUUUGAAUAAAAUAAAUGUAAAAAAAUUCCAAAUGACCUGUUCAAAACUGGACAAAGCCCAAAAUCACUGCAGCCAUAACUUUAAUGUGGUCUAUAAGGUUAUGGUGAGCCUUCUCUCCCUCUAAUAACUGUGUCCUUUUGUAAGGUGCGAGGGACAGAGGACAUGUUUAGCAUUCUUUUUUUUUUUUAACAGCUUUUUGGAAUAACAAAUCAUUGUCAAGUGCCUGUGUAGCAAAUUAAAAUGGACUUGGAGCAAAACUGCACAAUGAAUUGAAAGUGCGAUAAUAAAAGGUGUUGUGUAUAAUAAA